AAUGACUGAUAAAGAAAGUAUAGUAGGAGCAGGGGCGAUGACCGGUCGGGUCGUGCUAUCCGGAUUCCUUGGGGCGUCCCUACCCUAACCUUAACUCCUACCCUUACCAUUUUAUAUUUAAACUUCAGUGGCAUAGGGACGUUCCAAGGAUCCCAGAUAGCACUGAUCGUGCUGGGAGAGAGUCCCUGCUGCACUAUUUGAAAGGAAAAGACGGAUUGGAGCUGGAGCAAUGAGUGACGUUAUCUGGUGGAAAGAGGGAGGGCGAAAAAGAGACGGCUGGACUCCAUUAGCUGAAGCCUGAGGAGACCCUUUGGGAUACUUCACUUGGACGAGUUCUUUGGGAUUUUCUCUUUGAACAGACCUAGAUACAGGAUUUAGAAGAAAAAAACGUGUUGACUAUCGAAUCCUCUGAAGUUUUAGUGGCUUUUUGGAUUUGGCUUGGUGUAUUUGAGAAGGAUGGCGCUGGACGGUAUACGGAUGCCCGAUGGCUGCUAUGCCGACGGGACGUGGGAACUGAAGAUGCACGUGACAGACCUCCACAGGGAUGUGUCUUUGAGGGUCACUGGCGAGAUCCACGUUGGUGGGGUCAUGCUCAAACUCGCGGAGAAACUCGAUGUGAAGAAGGACUGGUCGGACCACGCCCUGUGGUGGGAGAAGAAGAAGACGUGGCUGCUGAAGACCCACUGGACCCUGGACAAGUAUGGUAUCCAGGCAGAUGCCCGGCUCCUCUUCACCCCCCAGCACAAGCUGCUGCGCCUGCAGCUGCCUAACAUGAAACACAUGAAGGUCAAGGUCAACUUCUCUGACCGCGUCUUCAAGGCCGUGUCUGACAUCUGCAAGACUUUCAAUAUCCGUCAUCCAGAGGAGGCAUCUCUACUCCGUAAGCCCCGCGACCCCAAGAAGAAGAAGAAAAAGCUGGAAGAGGCUGAGGAGGAGGCUCUGGAGCUGGAGGGGCCACUACUCACCCCAGGAUCAGGUACCUCUGAGAUAAUUUACAUCGGGCCGGUCAAAGGGAGCAUCUACUCCAGUCCCGGCCUGUACAGUAAGACCAUGACCCCCACUUAUGACUCCAGAGACGGAAGCCCCCUAUCCCCCACUACCGCCUGGUUUGGAGACAGCCCCCUGUCCGAGGGCAAUCCCAGCAUCCUCGCUGUCAGCCAGCCAAUCUCCUCGCCCGAUAUCCUGGCCAAGCUCUACAAGCCCCAAUCUCUCCUGGACAAGGCCAAGAUCAACCAGGGCUGGAUGGACUCAUCCAGGUCUUUGAUGGAGCAGGAUGUCAAGGAGAAUGAGGUGCUCCUCCUGCGGUUUAAAUACCAUAGCUUCUUCGACCUCAACCCCAAGUAUGAUGCCAUCCGGGUGAACCAGCUCUAUGAGCAGGCCAAGUGGGCCAUCCUGCUGGAGGAAAUAGAGUGCACCGAGGAGGAGAUGAUGAUGUUUGCUGCCCUGCAGUAUCACAUCAACAAGCUGUCCAUCAUGUCGUCAGACAACCACAUGAACAACAGUGAGAAGGAGGUGGACGAGGUGGACGCUGCCCUGUCAGACCUGGAGAUCACCCUGGAGGGAGGCAAGACCUCCAACACCCUGGGUGAUAUCACGUCCAUUCCCGAACUGGCUGACUACGUCAAAGUCUUCAAGCCAAAGAAACUGACACUGAAAGGCUACAAGCAGUACUGGUGCACGUUCAAGGACAUCACAAUUUCCUGCUACAAGAGCAAAGAGGAGGCUCAUGGGACACCCUCUCUCCAAAUGAAUCUAAGAGGUUGCGAGGUGACACCAGAUGUCAACAUCUCCGCUCAGAAAUUCAACAUCAAGUUACUUAUCCCGGUAGCUGACGGCAUGAACGAGAUCUGGCUGCGGUGUGAUGCUGAGAAGCAGUAUGCUCACUGGAUGGCAGCGUGCCGCCUGGCCUCUAAGGGGAAGACCAUGGCAGACAGCUCCUACAAUCUGGAGGUCCACAACAUUCUGUCCUUCCUCAAGAUGCAGCACAUGAACCCUGACCCCCAGUUCAUUGCGGAGCCAGCCGUCACCAACGACAUCAACUCUGAGUGCCUGGUGUCUCCACGCUACCUGAAGAAGUACAAGAACAAGCAGCCAGGCUAUAUCAGGGACCUGAUUUCGGCCCGGAUCCUGGAGGCCCACCAGAACGUGGCCCAGAUGAGUCUGAUCGAGGCCAAGAUGCGCUUCAUCCAGGCUUGGCAGUCCCUGCCCGAGUUUGGCAUCACUCACUUCCUGGCCAAAUUCCAGGGUGGGAAGCGGGAUGAGCUGAUCGGCAUCACCUACAACCGUCUGAUCCGGAUGGACGCCAACACCGGAGACGCCAUCAAGACUUGGAGGUUCGCCAACAUGAAGCAGUGGAACGUCAACUGGGAGAUCAAGAUGGUGACGGUGGAGUUUGCAGAUGAGCCCAGCCUGGCCUUCAUCUGUGCGGAGGUGGACUGUAAGGUGGUACAUGAGUUCAUCGGAGGCUACAUCUUCUUGUCCACGCGCGCCAAGGACCAGAACGAGUCUCUGGAUGAGGAGAUGUUCUACAAGCUGACCAGCGGCUGGGUCUGAGUCUGACUACCCUAUGCCAGUGGUCAGAGAUUAGGGGUCAAGAGGGGAGGGAGGGUGGGGACUAGAUCUUAUCAGUUUAUUUUAUUUGUUAUAUAUUUUUGCUGUUUUUAUUUUGGAGCUGUGCUGAAGAGGCCCAUGCAGCCGCCCACUAUCGUUAUUGCUGUUAAGAAGCUGACACCCUUUAUUUUUUGUUGCGUUAAUGCUGACAAAGGUAUUUGUAAACACUAAUAUUUUGCGUAAUGCUGCAGCCCAGAUGAUCUCUGAACUCCAAACCCUGCCUGUGGCUCCCCCAUCACUCUCCAAUGCACAGGGGACAUUGUCUACUUCCUCAAGCAGCUAUCACAAAGCUAUGUCCAUGAGAACGUAUCACAUGUCAGGAGACCUCUCCCUCACAAAACGGCGACACACUUUUACUUCCUCGGCAGAGACAGGAAGUGAUAUGGGGUCAUUUCCUUCCGUCAUUAAGGAAAGGCUGAGGAACGCAUAGCUCAUGGAGAGACUGUCCUCUCCACCCAAUGAAGGAUUUUCAUUUGAUCUAACUAGUCCAUAUGAAGUCACGUGUAAGCACUUCUCCAGUGUACAUAUGAUCCCUUUAUGAAUAAGCUGUAGUAGUUAAAUGAAUAUGUUUGUUUUUUUAUGGUGUUUUCUUUCUGAGCAUACCUCCAGUGGCAGUUUCCUCUCCCCUGUGUUCAGUAGUGUGCUUGAAGAGUUGAAACAAGCCUUGGUGCACACCUACAGUUGUGUUUUCCUGUUGUCUUGAUUAGUUAGUAUGUCAGAAAAACCGGUUCUGAAUAUACACAGAGCUCAACCAAGGUGAAUGUCCUACAAUGUUCUGUAAACACCUGAAUAACCAUGCCUAGUUCUUACAGCUAAAAUAUGUCAGUGUGGUGCUUGAUCAUCUAGAAGGGGUCACUCAAGGAUACUCUUGUUUGAGAAGUUAUUUUUCUGGUUAUGUUGACAAGUCCUGAGGUAAUUACUGAAAAUGCGAAUGAGUAUGUUAUUGUCAUGGAACAUGUGGUGCCAUGAAGGCUUGUUGGCCAAAUGAUGUGGCUCAGGUACAUGCUGCCAGCCACAUAGGGUUGUCAGAUGCCCACAGCAUGUAGGAAAGGCCUCAGCUCUGCCUUGAGACUCAGACCCUUGCCAUUGCAUUGUGCAUGUAUAGUACAGCUGGAGGGAUAUUACCAAUAACAGCGUUCCCUAAUGCAGCUGCCUCCUUUAUGUUAUCGACGUUCUUUAUCUUACACCGUAUAGUAUUACUAUUAUUCAGUAGCGUUUUCAUUGUUACGCACCAGCAAUAGGUCACCAAGUUUGAAGAAUGAAUUAUGCAAAGUCCGGGUUUCUUUUUUCCUCGGUAUGAAGGAACAUUAAAUUAAGUAUUCGUUUUUUGUAACUUAUGUAAAAACACAGGUUUAAUUGAAUUGUACAGUUGUUCUUUUGUUGCUGCUUUUUUUUUUGGGGGGGGGGGGGGUAUUUUUGUUUCCAGAUAAGAGCGGGGAGCCAUUAGUCAACAUUGUGUAGUUUGAAGAUUUGUGUCUGCCAAUGUUACGGUCUUAUUGAGUUAACAUGAUCUAUAUAUGAAGAUAACACUAGUCUCAAACUCCAGGUUGGUAGAAAGUUAAUGAAGAUUUGUCUCACACUACUUAUUAUUAUUAUACUCAGAAACAUUGAUAAAUGGGCUUUUCAAUGUACUUUUUUCUUCUUGCCUCUCCUAUAAGCAGAAUUACAUUGCUAAUUUCUAUUCUUGCCUUUUUUUUGGGGCACUGAAUUUGCGCUCUAGCGCUGUAAAAUUCCACCAAUGACACCUCCCUAGGCUAUCAAACUCUUACUCUGUUCAGUGCCUUUAAAAAAUAUAUCACUUCAUUUUCAGAUUUGAUCACCAUUGUAGCUUUUCUUUGAACAAUGUUUUUGGUAUGAAGGAGACCUUUUUAGUUGAGACAAACGAGUGUAAAUGAACUGAAGAGAAGGAAGCUUAGCCUAUUUUUUUUCCUACUAUAAUGUUGUUUUUUGUUUGCCUCCUAUGUCCAGAGCAGCAGUGCAUGGCCUGCUGUUUUCAGACUGCAAAGAAAUGCAUUUAUUUUAAAAAAUAAAAAUACUUUUUAUUUAA